AUGGACACACAAGGGGCAAAGAAAAGACUGUUUUGGAGAUGGCAUACAGUUUGCCUAUUUACGUUGUGCACUUCUUUCUUGGAUGCAGUCCGGGGACAGAUUCGCUACUCCAUCCCUGAGGAACUGGAGCAUGGAGCUUUUGUUGGCAACAUCGCAGAGGACCUGGGCUUGGAUUUGGACAGGCUCUCUGCGCGCAGAUUCCGGAUAGUCUCCGGUUCCAAGAAGCAAUAUGUGGAGGUGAAUUUGGAAAAUGGAGUUUUAUUCGUCAAUGAGAGAAUUGACCGCGAGGAACUAUGCGAGCAGAGUUUGUCCUGUUCUUUCCACUUGCAGGUGGUCAUUGAAACCCCCCUGGAGCUGUACAGGGUGGAGAUGGAGAUUUUGGACGUGAACGACAACUCCCCUAGUUUCCCAUGGACCGAGUUUAAUCUGGACAUCUCAGAGUCUGCUACGCCAGGAUCCCGUUUCCCACUUGAGAGCGCACAGGACUUAGACGUGGGAUCCAACUCCCUGCGCACAUAUUUGCUGAGUGUCAACGAGCAUUUCCUUUUGGAUAUACAGACGCGCAGUGAUGGCAGCAAAUUUGCAGAGCUCGUCCUGCAGAGCCCGCUGGACAGAGAGCAGCAAAGUGCGCAUCAGAUGGUCCUGACGGCGGUGGAUGGAGGCGCGCCGGAGAGAUCUGGCACUGCGCAAAUUGAUAUCACCGUUUUGGAUGCAAACGAUAACGCGCCUGUGUUUGACCAGUCCUUUUACAGAGUGAGGCUGGCGGAAAACGCACCUAAAGGCACCGUAGUCAUAAAACUCAACGCGUCAGAUUUAGAUGAGGGUCCCAACGCUGACAUCACCUACUCGUUCAGUGGCCAUGCGCCCAUCAAGGUGCGCCAGCUCUUCAGCGUGGACUCGCGCACGGGGGAAAUCAAAGUGAAAGGAGUGAUAGACUAUGAAAAGGCCAGGAUGCAUGAAAUCUAUGUUCAGGCUAAAGAUAAAGGCCCCUCCGCUGUGGCAGUGCACUGUAAAGUGCUGGUGAACGUUUUGGAUAAAAAUGACAACCUCCCGGAAGUGAUCUUGACAUCAGUGUCCACACCUGUGCAGGAGGACGCCCCCCCGGGGACUGUGAUAGCUGUCAUCAGCGUGAUGGAUAAAGACUCAGGUGAAAACGGGAAUGUGGACUGUGAGAUCCCACAUCACGUGCCAUUCCAGCUCCACUCCUCCUUUAAGAACUACUACACAUUAGUAACUUCUGAUUUUCUGGACAGAGAGGCGAUGGCUGAGUAUAACAUCACACUAACAGCGCGAGACAUGGGCUCCCCUCCUUUAUUCACCAGGAAAACUAUCCUUGUCCAAGUGUCUGAUAUGAAUGAUAACGCGCCUCUCUUCAAACAGCCGUCCUACACUGUGUAUCUGACUGAGAAUAACGCGCCGGGUGCAUCCAUAUGCUCGGUGACUGCACUGGAUCCAGAUUAUGGCCAAAACGCGUACCUCUCCUACUCUAUCCUGGAGGGAGACAUACGGGGAAUGCCCGUGUCCACCUACGUGUCCAUCAACUCGGACAACGGGAACAUUUACGCACUGCGAUCCUUUGACCACGAACAACUUAAAAACUUUCAGAUCACAAUUCAAGCUCAGGACGCAGGGUUCCCGCCUCUGAGCAACAACGUGACAGUGAACAUCUUUAUACUGGACCAAAACGACAAUGCACCUGUGAUUGUGACACCGGUUGUGCAAAACAGCUCCGCGCCAACAGCAGCAGUGCCCAAGUCAGCUGACGCAGGUUACCUUGUCUCCAAAAUCAGCGCCGUGGACGCAGACGAGGGUCAAAACUCGCGUCUCUUAUACCAGAUGCUCCAAGCAACAGACCCGAGCUUGUUCAGCGUGGCUCUGUACACAGGCGAGAUCAGGACAAUUCGCCAGUUGGUGGAGAAAGACCCCUCGAGGCACAGAUUGGUCAUUCUCGUGAAGGACAAUGGUCAGCCGCCCCUCUCGGCCACUGUUUCCAUCAUCCUGUCAGUGGUUGACAGCCUGCCAGAUUCGCAGCCCGAUUUGGGUGACCUGUCACUAAGCCCGCAUCACAGCCCUAACUUCAGCCUGUACUUAAUCGUGUCUCUGGGCGCAAUCUCCUUCACAUUUCUGGUGGCUAUCAUCGUCCUGGUUUCAGUGCGCAGGCUGAAGGGCAGAGCGUCCAGCAGGGAGUCAAGCUUCCCCCCCAUCAGCUGCUGCUGCUGCUGCUCCAGCUCAGAAUCCUCCACCACGGAAGAUGUGUUCAAAAAGUCCAAUCUGAAUGUUCGGAUGCCCGCAGAAGCGUCCGGGUGCGCAGAGGCAAACGGCAACGGAGCUCUCCCUCAGGUCUACUGCUAUAAAAUGUGUCUGACUCCGGAGUCGUCCAAAAGUGACUUCAUGUUCCUGAAGCCCUGCAGCCCGGUGAUGACAGUUCAGCAGAAUAACGCCAAGAGCACAGAUUACCUCACCUCUGGCUGGAGCGCACUGGACCGUAAUGAGCUGGCCAACAACAGAGCAGCGUCCCCAAACGAGCUUAAGUAUGCGAGUAUUAGCAACGACUGGACCUUGACCAAGAACCAACGCAACUUGGCAUACAAGAGGUAUAGUUCAGCAAAUAUGGAGGGCACUCUUACCCGUCAACAAAAAUACGAUGCCCAUGGGUUUUCCUGUUCUGUGGCUCCACAGUAUUGGACCUGGGGAAGCCAUAUGAAUGACUGCAAGAUAUCUCUUCAGGAGGGGACACUCCCUCACUACUCAUGGACUCCGAAGUACACUCAGCCGAGUUCUGAAGCGGCAGACUACCAGCACAACGUAUACAUACCCGGCUCCACGUCCGACUACAGCACUCUGAAGCUGGCUCCCAGAGGAGAGCUGGAUGUCUACAACACCUUCUCUACUUUUGGGAAGAAAAAGAGAUUCAUCUCAAACUAUGAACAAUCUUUUGACAUCGAUGAUAGUCUCAUCGUGAGUAAUGACAUCUUCAAAUGA